AUGUCAGAAGAGAAAGCGGCCGAGCUUCAGUUGAGUAGGCCCGCCAAACAACCAUGUUUGGAAGCGCUCGGCAUUUCCAGUUUGCUUCUUGAUGAGCCUCCCACGCUGGAGGUGGGCGAUAGCUUCAUGGGGGUCAGUGCCGUGCAGAGGAUCUUAGCAAUCCACGACGUUGCACUGGCCAUGGUAGGCUCUUGUCACCUGGCUCGCCUCAAAGCCUAUAGCAGCAAGUUCAUGCAUCUUUUGUCUCAGCGCCACGAAGCUUCAUCAGGCUUGCGAGCUCCUACAAUUCUAGAGGCCCAGCAGGCUGACUGCAAAUUGUGGCAGGGGAUUUAUGCUUUGGUUCUUGAGAAGGAUUGGCAAUUGAACGACGCAAUCUUCGAGUAUACCGAAAUCAGGGGUGACAUGUCAAAUUUGCUUCAGGCAAGGGCUAGGCCCCCUCCGCCCCCGCGCUUCAAUGAGAAAGGCAUCAAGGGCAAGGGGCUUGGUCGCUUCAUGUCGGAGCAUUGGAAGGGCUAUAGCCUUGACGGCAAAGGCAAAAGCUCCGGAGCGAUGUCCUGGGAAGAAAGUUGCCUACAGUCUUGGAUUCACGAAUGCUCAGCCUCUCUGGUCUGGGUGGCUGCGUGCGGCUAUGGCCUGCCUUGGGCAAAAUCCUGGUUGUUUUCUUCCAGCUAUGCGCCAUUACGAAACAUGGGUUGUGUUUGCGAGCAUGGGCGAGAUUCACAUCAAGUCAUGCGCGGUCUUGACAGCUCCGGCGUGUUCAGAAGCAGGCUUACAGCUCAGUAUCCAGAGGCGCUUGCAACCAUUUUUGCGGCUCAGAUUCAAGUUCUCCUGGACAAACCAGGCCCUGCAUUGCAAUUGCGAGAGGCCCUCACACUGGUGCCACGUAAGCCCAUGGAUCAGCUACCAUAUGCAGUUCAUGAUGGGGCAGGUCGUCAUUCGCAUGCUGACUGGAGCGCUCCCCGCACGCCAGAUCUGUUGCGUAACCUGCGCUCUUUCUUGCUUAAGGCCACUGCGUCUAUGAACGGUCCCUCCCGCCUGCUUCAGCGUCGCUAUGAGCCCAGCAAAGAACCGCUUUUCUCAGCUUCAGAGGGUGCACUCUCGAUUGAUAUCAAAAGCGCUCAUAAGGGCUGCGUUGUCAAGGAUGCGGAACAAGGAUUGCUUGGGUUCACAUGUGAGGAACCAGACGGGUCAAAUGCCCUCUAUUUCUAUCGCACAUGCCCGUUCGGAGCCACGUUUGCCCAGCACUGGUGGGGGCGACUCGGCUCGUGCAUCCUUCGCAUUCUUCAUAUUCUCAUCUACAUAGCCCACACAGGCCACUUGUUUGUAGAUGAUUAUCUCUUUUCUCAGGCGAUGUCCAUUCUUCCAGCAACGAGUGCCAUGAUUUGCAUGUUCAUGCAGAUCAUGGGUGUGCCUCUUUCCUGGCACAAACUUCAGAUAUCCGUUCGGGUCACUUGGAUAGGCUGGGAUUUUCAGUACUCUGCCGGUAUCGUGUUGCUUAGCUAUUCGGUUAAGCGUGAGGUCACCUUUCGUGCUGGAUCUGUGAAGAUGCUGGCUACUCGGGUGACUGUGCCGAGGAAUGAUGUCGGUGCCGAGUUUGAAUCCUUGGUUUCUAAGAAUCCACAAGUUGGAGUGCGCAUCUUGGAGCAAGCGUUGCGGCAGAGGCGAUUGGGAACAGAUACUAGUCGCCAGGCAAGGGAAGAGAUCAGUCGCAGGAGGUGGAUCUUGGAAUUGGCCAAGGUCAUUCGAGAGGCAGGCCUUCCAGCGGCAUCGCGUAUUGAUGCUAUGAGCAAUCCUGAGGCAGCCUGGGUUCGUGCUUUUGGUUCCCGUCGAGCAAAGACUUUAAAGAAUCGUGCAGUGGUCUGGCGCAAGCUGGUAGAGUGGCUACAGGCUACGUACUCGGUGUGCUGGCCUCAGUCUGCAGAGGUGGUGCUACAGUAUUUGGAAGAGAGGCAUGAAAUUUCACCAUUGGGCAAAACUGUCCCGGGGGGAAUUCUUUCUUCACUGGGCCUACUGGAACAGGUUGGCCAGGUUGAUGUCACCGAUCGCUUGAGUGAGGACACGUUGCUCAUUGAGGGCGUUCGUUCCUGGAAGGUUGAAUUGGAACAGGACUCAGCACCAGUUAAGCAAGCACCCAUGUUUCCGGUGAUUGUGCUGCUGGCGUGCGAACUCUUGGUUUGCAACACUUCAGCUGAUACGUGGAGCAGAUUUUAUGCUUUCAUUAUCCUCCUCCAGGUGUGGGCCACCUUGCGCGUGGAUGAUCUUCAGAAUAUCAACCCGGCGAGCAUAACACUGUCACAGCUUGGGCUUAAAAUGACUUUGGACAGGACGAAGACAUCAGGUGCCGGGAAGCAUGUCGGCAGGCUACAGGCAUUUGUCAUGCGGGGCAUCAGCUUAUCUGGAUUCGACUGGAUCGGUCACGGCUACCGCUUGCUGAAUUCGGAGGCCCUCAAGUUUGAACGGGACUUCCUGUGUGUUCGUUUCUGCGGGGACAGGGACACUGCUAGCCAAGGGUUCAUCGACAAUGAGGAGGUUGCUCUUAACAUACGCAAGUUAUUGCAGGAGCUGCCUAUGCCAGUCAAGAAGUCAGGCAAGUGGACAUAUAGCCGUGAUUCGCGGAUGCUUCCUGAAGCUGUUGUGCCUUACUUCACAGGACAUUCGGGCAGGCACACACUGCCUAGUUUGGCGGCUGCGGCAGGUGUGGGCAAGGAGCCUCGAGAUUACCUGGGAAGAUGGUCUGCAGCUAAGCAUGGCAGUCAGGACUACGUGCUUACAUCGCGUCAAGUUGUGCAUCAUGUACAGUCAACGACAUGUCGAGCCAUCCUCGAGGGAUUGCCUGCUCCGGGAAUCGUUGAAGAAGAGAGCUUGAAUGAGAUUCAGGACUAUUAUGCCAAGCGAGGAGGCCCACCGAUGCAACUUAAGCGUCAACUGAAAUGCUUGGAGUGGGAUGAUGAGAGGGGCUCGUGGGCCCUGGGGGGAACUUUCCCCUUGAUCAGCAUGUCACCUGGGAUUCUGGAACAGGCCAAAGGGGAUCCUGGGGCGAAGCUUCCAGAAGCUACGAUCGAGCUGGCGGUGGCAGCUCCCUAUUUUGUCACAGUUUCGAGGUGCCGGCCGACAGAUCAGAAUCGGCCAGCAUCCAGUAGUUCCGGUUCAGAUAGUGUGGAGCCACCCGCAGAUCAAGAGGGCUGCAACCAACCACAUCCACUUUGGGAGCACUUUGCCAAGCUGAGCAUCAAGGAUGACAAGAAGGGGGAUUUGCACGCGUGGCUAUCGGGCAUUGCAGUCAAACAGGGCUUCGAAUUGCAGAUGGCCGAAUUUGAUGCGACCCGCGCACGCUGGGCGCAAUGGUCCAAGACCAGUGCGGGAUGCUUCCUACCCGUGGGGCUUUCCUUGGCGGCUUCGUUGCAGGCACAAGCAGGCGGGCACUACGUUGGUCCGCUUCAGCCUUGCCAGGUUCACGAUCAUUCUCACACUGUCGGUUGGGACGGCAAUGCCUGGCGCUCUGCCUUCAGUUAUCCUUCAGCUUUCUGUGAGUUCCUUGCUCGAGCUCUGGCGCCGAGUGCACAAGCAACAUUGGCCACAGACUCAGCGGCACUGCCUGAGCUUCCGCAUGCGGCUGAGGCUUUUGCUCGUGAGCUCCUCGCAAAACCCGAAAUUUUGGCGUCUGACAUUGAAACCUUGUUCAGCUUGCUUCCUCAUGAGCCACCCCAUGCUGGUUCUCAGGCGAGCUCAGGCACGGCUUUCUUCACUGGUGCAUGCAGCUUGGGAGGUAUCGCUGGACUUCGCGCAAAUGCCAGCAAGUUUCCCCUUGCUUCACAGGUGCUAUGUCAUUUCUUGGCCAAGGUAAAACCCGACUUUCGUUUUACGUCUUGUGCUCUCUUCAACAAUGUGGCCACACAGCUACAUAAGGAUGCGAGAAAUGCGACUUGCACCAAUCUGAUUGUUCCGAUUAGUUCAUUCAAGCGCGGCGGAAUUUGGUGUGAGGACCCUGAAGGCACGGUUCCUUUCACUUGCGAAGGUGUCACACGCAUGGGCACAUGUCUUGAGGUGGCAUCUGGACCCGUGAUCCUUGAUGCCAGGGAUCGCUUGCAUGCGACUCUCGAUUGGCAAGGCGAUCGCCUCGUCCUCAUUGCGUACUCAGUUUCGCAAUGGGGAACCGAAGGCUUCAAAACCAACAGCCCGAACGGUGAAGGAGAGGAGAAGGCCACAACAUCGGUGCAGAAAGAUGAGGUUGAGUCUUUUGAUCCAGCUCGGAACCGGACGGCAUCUGCUACAGAGUUGGAGCACUGCGAGAGAAUCUCCUUUCUCCUCAUCUGCUUUGCACGCAGCAAGGAGCAGGAUCGCUGGUCUGUUGCCGGAAAGUACGUCCAGGGCGAGAAGGUCAGCAAGCGGCAACGAACUGAGGAGGAAAGGGCAACAGAGGCUUUCACCAGUUCGCGACAGACCAGUCUUCACACACUGCCCAAAAAGUCCGAGUUCUUGAAGUUCGAUUUGGAACGCUUCAUUGGCUUAGCACUGUGGGCUACAAGCCUUUUUCCGGUCAUGAAGAGCAUGCUGCAUACCUUCUAUCACGAUCUCUACAGCCCAGCUGCUACGAACUACAGCAUUCCGCCAGAGCGCUGGCAUGAAAUCGCAAGAUACUUGUCGCCGGAUCUGCAUUUCACAGCGACGCCGCCAGGUGCCAAGAAGCAAGCCAGCAAAGAGAGUGCAGCGAUCCGUGAAGAUUUCUUUGCGGCUUUACUUGAGCUCCGCGAAGCCAACCGGAGCGUACAGACGGUGAUUCUUUUCUGGCGACAACCUGAGGAGGCUUCUUUACAAGACGCUCCCAUGGAGCGGGAAGACGGCAAGGAUGAUUCCAGCCCUGCUUUGUGCUUCUACUUUGCCGUCGGUGCCUGCAGCACCCAAGUGGAAGCCUCGGCCUCGACCAUGCUUUCCACUGGUGGACAGGUCUUCUCCAGCGGCUACGGCACUUGGGACGAGGCCGGCAGUUCAGCUUUGAGUGACCCUUUGGUGGACAACCUCCUUCAGGCGGCAGAUGCUUUUGCUUCCUCAGCAGAAUAUGCAUUUCCUCCGGAACCACCCAAAGUACUGCCUGGCAAAUUUGCUUUGCCAGCCCGGCCCGCAACAUCGACAGCACGGGUUACUUUGCAGAACGAUGUACAUGUAAAGCUCCGCGCCAAGGGACUGCUUUUGUGGCGCCAGCUGGUUUUGCUCCUUGCACCUUUGAGCUCUGCUUUGCAGGAAAUCUUGGAGUCGGCAUCCUCAGAAGCUUUACUAGCUCAGCUCGUGGCGUCCGUGGCAGACACCACAUUGGUCAGGAAUGUGCAGAGUUGCCUGCAGUACUUUGCUUUGCUUCAGGAUCUGGGUUUUGAUGCAUCUCGGAUCUCCCAGGUGCAGGCCUAUGAUGUUAUGAUACAGCUUUACCGAUCCCCUGAGGAUGAAGAAGAAGUUCCCAUGUCCUGCUUUCCCCUCAAUACGUUGAAGGCUCUGAGAUGGAUGGUCAAGGUGGCAACCAUUUCCUUUCCGGACCUUUACACAGGCCUUUUUCAUUCGGUGGCCCACCAACGUAACGAAGCAGAUCGCCGAGAGUCAGUGCCUUUGCCUCUGGAUUUUGUUGCUUACCUGGAGUUUUGCCUGCUUUCAAAUGCUUUUCCUGAUUUGCAAUUGAACAUCGGGGCGCUCCUGGUUAUGAUUUGGGGCUCUCUGCGGUUCAGCGAUGCCAUGCAUGUGAAGUGGGGAUCUUUGCUUUACGAACAAGAGGUGGGCCGUGGAGUUUCUUUCCGGACCAAGACCUCAGUGCGUGGUGCCCCCUUUGGGGUGGUCGGAGUGGGCCUUCUCGGUCCAUGGUUCCAGCUAUGGCUUGCUUUACUGAAAAAUGAAUGGUGUCGUAUUGGUAAGUUGGCGGGCCCUGUGGAGCCAGAUGCUUUGCUUUUCCAUGCGAGCGACGACGAGUUGUUCGUCCCCAUGACAUAUGGGGUCACCACAGGCAUAGCAGCGCACGUUGGCGACCUUUGUGUCUUCAGCAUCGUGGAGGGCAAGUUCCUUUACAGGUGCUACUUUUCCUUCGGCAUCGGUGAGUCAGGUACUCCAGAUGAGCUUCUUUUCAUCAUCACUGCCAAGACUAUUCACAAGGCGGUGGUUUGCUCGGAGCUCGACCGUUGCACUACUUUCCAAGGUAAGAAGCUUUGCAGACACAAGGCAUGCUUGGCAGAACUUUGCUCUCAUGCGAAGAAGCUUCAUGUGGCCGCGCAGAGCUUUGCCCGAGACUUUGCGCGCGUCCCUUCGCAACCCUCCGCUUUUCUUUGCGUCAUGGCACAGAGCGACUACUUCCCGGAGAACUUUUCGGAGCUCUCGGCUUGGGAUCUCUGGGACGCCUCGGAGCAUUUUGCAGGGCGAGAAGGCUACUCCCGUGAGGAGUGGUUCAGCUUCUGGCGGUCAGCUUUGCCAGAUCGAGUGGAGGCUCCGACCCAGGAGUGUGGGUCUACUUUGCCUUCUCCUACCACGGCGGAGCCAGCGCCCUCGGAUGAACUUGAAUGGGGCUACGACAGAGGAUGCCUCUACUUUGCAUACAGCAACAGAGGUUCCCUCGUCUACUUUGCCAGCUUCAGAAGUUCCUUACCACGAAUGGGGAACAGAGGACUGGGUUCCUACACCGUUACACAGUACCUGGAGCGCUGGGACCCACGCCCGGAUUCGACUACUUUGCAUACGACUUCUGACGGUCCGGGCGAAACUUUGCCGUGCACUGUGGAUGCGGAUCCACCCGCCACACCGCCGGCAGCCGAGGUGCCUUCCACUGAUGAGCCGCCCUCUUCUUUGCCUACACCUACCAUGGAGGAGGCGGAGGAUUUCAACUAUGUGCCGUGGAACUUUUCGCAGCUUACGGAGUCAGAGUUGUGGCAGGCUACGGCAUUCUUUGAAGAUUGGAUGGGGUACGAUAGACAGCAGUGGCUGGAGUUUUGGCUUUCUUUGCGGGCAUCGCAGGGGAGUUCGGAUACUUUGCACCCGACUCCAGAUGGUGCAGCUGGCUCCACCGCGGAUCCCCAGUCGGAUCCUUUGCCUUCGGUGACCUCUACCGGGUCGUCCCCUCCUUUACGAUCGUCGGCUACCUCGGGGACUACCCCAGGACAGGACGGUAGUUCUUUGCCGCAAAGCUCAGAACCAACGGACGGCGCUGGAACCCGACCUUUACCGCCCAACCAGCGGGUGUUCCGAACGGCGUGGGGCGAGACCCAGUUGAUUCAACGGGCAACGGUCAUGGAUUCUUUGUCCUCGAGAUCUACGGUGCAGCAGUUGGCCACAGCUUUGCAGCUUUCCAUUCCGUUGUCAGCUGCAUCUCUCGGAGACUCCACACUGCUUUCGUUUGGCCUUGGCACUGUGAACCUGGAAGGUCUCGAUGCUUUACUGGCAUCCAAAGGCUGGUCACCUGAUGCUGAUGAGCUCCCUGUCCUCAGGAUGCUGUGGGUGCAGGCCCACAAGAUCUGUACUUUGCCGUCGGUGGGCUCAGAUACCUCGGCGAGUACUUUGCACUCAUCUUGGGCAGAGACCUUUCCUCCCAAACUUUCAACAGAAACAACUUUACAGUUGAAGCGCGAUUUCGAGAAAGCCUACCCCUCCGAAGUUCUCGACGACACCAACUUUCCGAGUGCACGCCUACUUUCCCUUGCUUACAGACUAAAAGGCACGACGGACUGGAAGUUCAUCUCCUGGAAACACAGACUUUCCAAACAGCAAGAAGAAGACUACAACUCGGCUCGGCCCAGAAAGUUGGCAAGAUUUGAGAACUUUACCGACGUCCUUUACGACGACGUGCCCUCGCGUAACGUUGCGGAGAAUAUGGGAUUGUAUGUGAUAAGCAAUUUACUUUCCAUACAUUCCAACGCCCUCGCGCUUGCGGACAUUGCUCAUCUUGCUACUUUACGUUCCUAUGAGCGUAAGUUCUUGAAACAUGUCCAGGCGAGAACAGACCCAACUUUGCGCCCACCUAACGCACAGGAGUGCGAAGCCGCAGAUCGCCGAUGUUGGUUAGUUGUUGGCCAGCUCAGGCAAGAAGGCUGGUCGGUGGAUGAUGCUUUGCAUGAGUUCACAGAUGUUCGUGCAGAGUUGGUUGCUUUGCUUGCUCCACGGCUGGCUCCUUUCAAAGGCGGCAAGAAAGGGGAUGGCAAGGGUGGAAAGGAGCCCUGGAAGGGACAUACUCCCAAGGGGGGUAAGUCAACGGGGGGCAAAGGUGGCACAACUCCGGGAAAGGGGAAGUCCACCUUUACCAAAGGUACUCAUGCCUUUGAGUGGGCAAACAAGGCGAAGAUCAAUGGAGAGACCAAGGUGCUUUGCAUGGCAUACAGUACCCACAAAGGCUGCACUUCCAACAAUUGCAAGUUUGAGCACCUUUGCCCCGUGAUCCUGGAGAAUGGCGAUGAAGGCCUGGUUCCAGUAGCUUUGCCUGCAGAUGCUACAGGCUUUUUCCUGGACAUCAAUGGGGGGGCCCGGCGCCCUCUGUCGGCAGCAUUUCUUGGAGCUGGCUGUGAUACCUUUUCGGUCGCUCCUGAAAUUUUCCCUGAACGUGAUCUUCUACAAGACGAGUUCUUCUUUGCCUUGCUCAGGGUUUGUCACUCUGGGCAGGUUGCCCUUUUACACAUCUUGCUUUGCGCCAGUGAUUUCUCAUCGAGUCUUUUCGAGCGCAUGAUUCAGAUAGCACACGCGUGCUUUGCGGCGGGUUCUCAUGUACUGCUUUCUCAGCACUCUCACUCUGCAGUAUGGAGCCAAGCGUCGGUGAUUUUUCUUUUACAGCAGAUGGGUGCAGACGCUAUUUUCUGGGACCCACAACGCUUUGGUUGCAACUUUGAAGGCUUUGGGCUCCUGGCUGCAUCCUUUUCAGCUUUGCAGUUUUUAGCCACUACAUCCUCGACGGGGUCGUCAAUGCAGGCCCAUCGGGAGUUCGACUUUUCUUCAUUGAGUGCGGACUUUGUGCUCGCGGUGGCCGAGGGUUCUUUGCAUCUUUUCGCUCAGCGAAGCCCGGAACCCAAAGAUUUGCAGUUUGGCCACAUUCCUUUUCUGAGGCACGUCAAAGAGAGAUUCGAGCCACCCUUUGCCAACCAGGAUGGUGCUGGGAUUUACUCAGUGCCUGAUUGGAGUACGCCUCCGCCUGGGGUUCAGGAUGUACUUUGUGAUCUCAGGUCCAAACUUCGACAGUGGAUCUUUGAUGAAAAGAUCCCACAACGUCUACAGAGUCUACAGGCCCAUGCUUUGCAGCACAGCUCGGAGCCACUCUUUCAGGAAGGCGAGAUUCAGCAUCUCAGACAGCUUUUCCAGUCCUGGGUCUCAGAGCAAGGAUCGUCACAUGUUGUUGACUGGACGAUUCCGGAUCAUCAACCUUAUGCUUUGCAUGCUUUGAAGUUCUUCUCGCAGUUUGUCAAGGACAAG